AUGCGAAAUGGGCUUGACCGUUCUCCAGCCCGGUCUGCCAAGAGUCGACCGCGCGACCACCUUCACUUGAGGCCUGUCCAAGACGAGCUCAAGCAGAUCUUGCGGCCGCGGUUGUACGAAGACAACUACUCCACCUCGCCCUUCCCCAAGGAGAUAGAGGAUUACCCCCUACCCCGGAGGUUCAAGAUCCCGAGCAUCGAGAUGUAUGACGCUUCCAUUGACCCGAAAGACCACCUCUCGGUCUUCCUGACGCACAUGCAACUGCAAACUGCUGCGGACGAGAUCCGCUGCAAGACUUUCCCUAUGUUCCUGAAGGGGAAAGCUCAGCUCUGGUUCCAAGGCUUGGCACCAAGGUCUAUCCGGAGUUUCCCCGAGCUGGCUAGGCAGUUCGUCGCCCAGUUCGUCUCCUCGAAGACCUAUGCGAAGAACGCCACCCACCUGAUGUCUAUCAGCCAGAAGCCCGACGAGUCGCUGAGGAACUUCAUGACCCGCUUCAACGCGGAGAGCUUGCAGGUCAGGGACAAAGAUGAAAAAGUGGUAAUGGUCGCUUUCACGAACGGGCUCAGGAUAGAGGAGCUCUUCUACGAGUUGGCCAAGAAGCCUCCCGUAAACCUGGAGGAGCUCCUAACCCGGGCACAGGCGGCCGCUAACGCGGAGGAGGCAGGCCGCCUGAAGAAAGAGUCAGAUCGGGAGUUCGGAGAUCGGAAGGGUCGGACAAACCCCCCAGAGGGCAAGGACGCCUCGGCCAAGAAGAACGUCUUUGAUCGGCUCUCGAAGGAGAAGGCCCCUGCUCCGCCGCCACUCCCGGAGAAGAGCUACACCCCUCUGACAUGGCCUAGAGCUCAGAUCUUGGCCGUUAUGGAGGCGGAAGGGCUGGGAGAUCGGCCGCCAAAGAUGGGGACACCUCGGAACAAAAGGAACCAGGACCGGUACUGUGCCUUUCACCGCGACGUGGGACACGACACGGAGGGAUGUUGGGCUCUGCGAAAGGAGAUCGAAUAUCUGAUCCAGCGCGGUUUCCUUGGGCGGUUCGUACACCAUGGCCGGCCGGGCCAGGAGUCCGGGCGCCAUUACUAUGGAGACCGGCAUGAGGGACAGCGUCACGACCGCCCUGAGCGGCGUGACGCUCCUAGGGACCACUCUCCAGACCAGGACACCCAGAACUUGGCGGGAGUGAUAAACACCAUCGCCGGGGGCCCCACGGGGGAAGACAGUCAUACAGUUUGGAAGAACAAGCGACCACCCCCCGAGGGGGACGACUCCUUGAAACACUUGCGCAUGGACGAGGAUAUCACCUUCGGACCAAGGGAUGCGGUCCUCCUGGCGUCCGGGAACCACGAGACCAUCAUGAUAGACAUUGUCACCAACAACUAUCGGGUGAAGAAGGUGUAUGUCGACCAAGGUAGCGCGGUUGACAUUAUGUUCUAUCGGGUGUUCAAGGAGUUCGGAUUGAAGGAUGACCAACUGACCCCGGUUCGAACACCUCUGGUGGGUUUCACCGGGCCGCCCAUUAAUCCGGAGGGAAUGAUCACCCUGAUGGUCACGGUAGAGCAGGCCCCCAAAUGCCGGACCAUCCCUGUCAACUUCGUGGUGGUCAAGCAGCCAUCCUCGUACAACUUGUUCCUGGGUCGGCCGGCUCUGAACGCCCUCCGAGCUAUUCCAUCUACCCUCCAUCUCAGUGUUAACUUUCUUACUCCAUGA